CACUGGCCCUAUACUUUUGCUCGCGUUUUUUUUCUCCUCGAGUCUUAAGGGUAGUUUUUUUUUUUUUUUUCACUGCUCUUCUGUUACGUGGGACGUAGUGUACCAUGUAUGUGUAGAUCGCGGAUUGUGUGUACUUUUUUUUGGUUCGACGGACGACGAUGCGACGAGUGCUCGGACUGGCGCUGAUCAAGUUUUAGUGCUUUAGACAAAUUUCCAACAUAAUAAGCAACCAGCAUGUCUGAGCCUGAAGAGGUGGAGACCAGUAAAAUGUCAGGUUCCCAAACGACUGACUCUAAAACCGUGACUUCCAAGGACAAUCUGAGUAUUCAACAAAUACUGGAAGGCAUGACCAAUGAGUUCAAUAAAACUGGAUCGAAAAAGCAAGGGCCGGCUAGAAAAAUCAAUAAAAUUGAGUCACCAGCACACAAGCAGGAUAAACCUCAGGCCAAGGCUGCGGAGGAGUCUGCCAAAACUUUGAAAGCACAAAAAUGUACAAACAGCCCCCGAGAGGAGAACAAAGUUGUCAAGGAAAAUAUUCCCGAGAAAAAAACUGAAAAGCCGCCAAAAGACAAGGAAACAUGUCCAAAACCGGAAGUCGCAAAAAAAGACGGAAAUACUACUCCAGCAAGAAUAGUGUUGACAUUCAGGACCAUCGAUGAAAACACAGAUCAUGGCAAAAAAACUAAGAUCUCCAGUUGUCCAUCUAAUUUGUCUUUGGUGCCAGAUGAGUUUUCCAAUUGUGACCAAAUUGGUGGAGUGUCUGUGAAAAUUGAAAAUUUCGACGAAGAGUGUAAUGAUGCGGACAAAUCCGAUGACAAAGAUACGUGUAUCAAAAAUGAUAAAAAAAAUGACGAAUUACCAGGUGCAAGCAAAGAUCGAGAUAAAAAACUAACCAGUGAAAUGGAAAUAAGUGGCUCAGAAAAAUCAAAUUUUUCAAACGAUAGCGCAGAAUCAAGCCCAUACACGGAAAAUGCAACAGACAAAGAUACUGAAGAUAUUGAGAAAUCUUACAAAGGGCCAAAAAUAAAUUCCAAAAAAAACAAGGACAAGCUUUUGAAGGAAUACAGUGAUGAAUCAGUAUUAAAACGUUCUGCUAGAAGAUUAUCAAAAGAAACUUUUAAAAGUACAGUGUUAGAAAGUGCAAUGGCGAGAAAAGAAAAAUCAAAUUACACUACAGAAACUAUUAAGAGGCGAUACAAUAAGCCUGGAAGGCCUAGAAAAAAUUUUGUAGAAAAGAAACCUAUACCAAAGUUGAACCCCCCGGAGUCGGCUUCAAAAUCAACUCCUGUAGAUGUACCACCUAAGACAGAUUCAGAAAGUAAAAAAGAUAGUGUCCCAGAUUUAAUUCCUACCGUACCUCCAAAAUCCAAUGAUUCUCCAAAAUCCGUGGAACCUCCAAAAGUAACAAAUCCCCCAAAACCCACGAAUUCUCCAAAAUCUGUUGUGGAAAAAAAAGAUCUUCCCAAGUUGAACCGCAUAAUUCCUCAAAAAUCGCUUUUAGAAAAAAAAAAUAGCAAUCUGCCAAAAUUAAGUCCAUUAAAACUAAUAAAAAGUAUGUCGAAUAACGUAAAUGGCACAUCUGCACAUAGUAUUCCAAAGCUUACCAAAUACGCGGAAAUGCCCAAGUUGACGCCAAUCAUUAAACACAUCGAAGGAAUGAAAUCCAAAUCAAGUGAAUCAAGCAACAGUAGUACAAGUUUAAAAAAUGGAUCAUUGUUGAAAAAUGUAGGUGAUCCCUUUUUAAAGCCUCAUGCAAUCAAAUUGAAAAGGGACAGAGCUAAAGUCUCAUCGACUGAUGGAGUUAAAAAGAUUCAUAAAGGAAACAGUUUUUCAGAAACUCCAAGUCCAAAAAGCGAAUUUGCUAGCUCGUUAGAAGAUUUUGCUCUAGAAGAAAAUGCGGUACCUGCCAAAAAGAGUCGUAGAAGUUUGAUCCCUAGUCCCAGUACAGCUGAAGGUGUGGCAUCCAAACCUGAAUCAACAGCCGUCGUAACGAAAACGCGAACAACUACCAAGAGAGAAGAAGUACCCAUGCAAUGCCUGUGCGAGGUGCGUUCCCAACUAUAUGUAACAAUCACGAGCGCGGAUGCGCCUCUGUACUGCACAGCCCACGAUUGCAUAGACAAGCGAAUAGUCAGCUGCACAAACGAAGUCGAUCACGAUGACGUGGCUAUGCGACGACCGAGCACCCGCAUACCCUACAUCAUCCUCUGCCGCAUGCACAAAGAGAGACUGAUCCGACACAACUGCUGCCCGACCUGUGGUCUGUUUUGCUCGCAGGGCCGCUUCGUACACUGCUCCAACGGCCACCAGUACCACCGCGAGUGCGAGCUCGUUUACAGCAACAAGCCCCUGUGCCCGCACUGCGGGAGCCACAAUCUAUCAUGCGACGUUAUCAUAACGAUGACUGGCAAGCGCAAACCGAUCAAUGUCCCGGCAGCGACACCAUCCACGCCACAACCACCACCAGCACCGGCAUCAGCGGCAUCUAGCAAACUCGUUGCCCGAAAAGAUGCGGCUGCUCGGAUAACGCUACCUGGCGCUGGGGACAAUUCCAAAUUAGCUGGACAGACGCCGGCUUUGAAGAAAUCGACCGAGCCGCUCAUUAAUCCGGACGUCAUUAGGAUCCCUGAGCCGACUGUCGUGGACAAAAAUGAACGCUUCACGAUCAUGAGCUUGUUCAAUUCCGUCAAGAAUGGAGAGCUGCAGAAAUUAGUCAAUGUUCUGGCUUGUGGGUUCAACGCGAAUCACUUUUUCCGCGAUCAGGACCAACGAACCGGUCUUCACUUGGCGGCAGAGAGAGGCUUUUUAGCUUGUGUGCACGUUCUCGUUCAGGCUGGUGCACAGUAUGACGUUUUAGACAGGAACCAGUGGUCCCCGCUGAUGUUGGCCGCGGUUAAUGGUAAAGUUGAAGUUGUUCGAUAUUUGAUGAGAGUGGGUGCCGAUGUUACGUUGAAGGGCGAGGAUGGCAUGACUGCUCUGCACAUAGCUGCUAGAGCUGGACACUUGGAAGUUUGUAAAGUUAUUUUGAGCGAGUCCAAGGUACCUAGGACCCUAGUAGAUUCUGUCGAUGACGGUGGAUGGACCAGUUUGAUUUGGGCCUGCGAGUUUCGUCACGUUGAGAUAGCCGAAUUUUUGCUGGACAAUAAAUGUGAUCCGCUGAUCAGAGACGCUGAACAGAAUAUCGCUCUCCACUGGAGCGCGUACAGUGGUAGUCAUGAAAUCACGGAAAUGCUUCUCAAUUUUGGCUGUGACGCUAAUGUUGUCAACAUUCACGGCGAUACCCCGUUGCACAUAGCAUCGCGACGAGAUCAGUAUUCCGUUUGUGUUUUGUUAUUAUCGAGAGGUGCCAAAAUCCGAGAAAAGAAUAACUUGAAAGAAACGGCGAUAGAUUGCUGCACCGGAGUCGGAGAUACCUUGAGCGUACUUAAAUUAAAUUUCAAACUUAAUCAGCGAUCCGAAAACAUAAAUGAGAAAACGGUCAAGAUAUUGACAAACGAUAUAACGCGAGGAAAAGAAUCUAAUCCCGUCCAAUGUGUCAAUGGCGUGGAUUCGGAAGAUAAACCAACAGAUUUCAUUUACGUGACGGAAAAUUGUUUCACAAGUAGAAUUAACGUCGAUCGGACGAUAACGUCAUUACAGUCUUGCCACUGCGAAGACAAUUGCAAUUCGGACAAAUGUCUUUGCGGUAAUAUCAGCCUACGUUGUUGGUACAACGAGGAGGGAAAACUCGUACCUGAAUUCAAUUAUUCUGAUCCUCCAAUGUUGUUUGAAUGCAAUCCUGCCUGUGACUGCAAUAAAAUAAGUUGUAACAAUCGAGUUGUUCAACACGGUAUGACCCAGCGGUUUCAGCUUUUUCGGACCGAUGGAAAAGGGUGGGGCUUGAAAACCCUUCGUCACAUUACCAAGGGCACGUAUGUUUGCGAGUACGUCGGCGAAAUAAUAUCAGAUUCUGAAGCUGACGUCCGAGAAGACGAUUCGUAUUUGUUCGAUUUGGACAACAGAGAUGGAGAAACUUAUUGCAUCGAUGCGAAGCGUUAUGGAAAUUUAGCACGUUUCAUUAAUCACUCUUGCUCUCCCAAUUUACUACCAGUCAGAGUGUACAUUGACCAUCAGGAUCUUCGUUUUCCGCGAAUAGCAUUUUUCGCUAACAGAGAUAUUAACGCAGACGAAGAAUUAGGUUUUGAUUAUGGUGAUAAGUUUUGGAUAAUAAAGUACAAAUCGUUUACGUGCACUUGUGGUGCUGAAAAUUGUCGAUAUUCCGAUCAGACGAUACAAAUAACGCUUAACCGCUACUGUCAAAAAGUUCAAGUAGACGAAACGAAAGCUACCGCUGCUAAACCACCAACAACUUGAACAAAUUUUUACUAUUGUGUUCCAGCUACAAUUUAAAACAAUAGACUGAUAUUACCGGACUGUUGAGGAUUCGUUAGCUUACGUAUUACAUUUAAGUUGUACAUAAAAUUUCGAGGAAUAUUGUUGCAUCACAAGAGGCGAAAAACUAUUUGAUUUUCUUGUUGAAGAAUUUUCAUUCGUUGUCAACAUAGAAAAUAUAACAACACAAGUGAUUUCUAAAGAAUUUCACGUUACUAAUUUAUAUUUUAUCGAUUACGAGUUUAACAGCAUUUGAACAGUGUCAACGAUGCUAACAUUGUGAAGAUACUGUGUGAAUAAAUCUUGAAGAUUUCUUUGUUAAAGAUUAAAAAAUUAUUUAUACGUUAUAUUCAAUUAAAAGCCGGCGAUUAUCUCAAGACAUCAUAGUAUAAACUGUUUUACUUUGAAAGAAUUGAUAUUUGAAUGAGUAUUUUUGAUAAGAUGUCGUGUCGUGCUUGAAUCAAAUUGUUUCGAUUGUCGUGAUUCGAAUUUUCAUUGUAUUAAACAUUAUGCAAUG